GAAGUAACUAAGAAGGGUUUCAUAUUAAUUUAAAAUGGAUAGGCCUAUUGAUUUUCACAGUGCUCUGACGAGGUUUGAUUGUCAGUUACUAAACAAAGAGUAUCUGGCAACCCGGGUUACUUUCAUUUCACCAGGAAGUUUAUUCACACAAGAGUAACGCCACCGAUGGACGAUGCGAAUAAAAGAUGGAUUCUGAUGUUGCUUACCGCUCUGACUUCUACAUUGGUUUGGCACUUGCUGUGAGCUCCACUAUCUUCAUUGGCUGCAGUUUUAUACUGAAAAAGAAAGGCCUUUUACGACUCGCAAAAAAGGGCUCUACUAGAGCAGGUCAAGGUGGAUAUGCCUACCUGAAAGAAUGGUUGUGGUGGGCAGGGCUUAUAUCAAUGGGAAUAGGCGAGGCAGCAAAUUUUGCAGCAUAUGCAUUCGCGCCUGCCACAUUGGUAACACCUUUGGGAGCAUUGAGUGUUUUGGUCAGUGCUGUGCUUUCCUCAUAUUUCCUGAGUGAGCGGCUAAAUAUCCAUGGGAAAAUUGGCUGCUUGCUGUGCAUCUUCGGUUCCACGGUAAUGGUGAUUCACGCUCCACAAGAGGAAGAGGUUGCAUCCUUGAGUGCAAUGGCAGAGAAACUCAAAGACCCAGGAUUUAUUGUUUUUGCUGUCUGCAUUGUCGUGAUCAGUCUGGCCCUGAUCUUCCUUGUCGCACCUCGUUAUGGUCAGAAGAAUGUGCUGGUGUACAUCCUCAUCUGCUCUGUGAUUGGUUCACUAUCUGUUUCCUGUGUGAAGGGCCUUGGCAUUGGUAUCAAAGAGCUGUUCGCUGGAACAGCAGUUCUGAAAGAGCCACUGUUCUGGUCCCUGCUCAUAUGUCUAAUCAUCUGUAUCAGUAUUCAAAUAAGCUACCUUAAUAAGGCUCUCGACAUCUUCAACACCUCUUUAGUUACACCUAUUUAUUAUGUCUUCUUUACAACAUCCGUCAUGGCAUGUUCAGCCAUCUUGUUUAAAGAGUGGCUUCGCAUGUCUACUGAUGGGGCUGCUGGGACUGUUAGUGGCUUUCUAACCAUCAUCAUUGGCAUCUUUCUUCUCCAUGCUUUCAAGGACAUCAAGUUUAGCUUGGACUCUCUUCCUCUUUAUCUGCACCUUAGACCUCAAGGAAGGACAAGGAGCCAACCGUACAUUGCUCUGCCAACCGAUGAGAGAAAUACUGAGGACGAAAGCAAUCCGACUAAGGAAAAAAGUACAAAGGACUUUCUUCCUGAGAGUUCAGACAGAAAGAGCAAUGGCACAUUUAUUACCUAGCAUAAUUUCACCAAACUUGCUUAAUGGAGACUACUGAAUACCUGUUUGCUAUAUGCAACUAUACAAGCAUACUUUAAGGGAUAGUUCACCCAAAAAUUUAAAUUCUCUCACCAUUAACUCAGCCUCAUGAUAUCCCAGGUGUGUAUGACUUUCUUUCUUCAGCAGAACACAUUUGAAGAAAAUUAG